AUGCCGUUUUCAUCGCUCCCGCAGGAGAUGGUAGGCAAGAUCUUUGAGUUUGUGGAUGCCGACAGCCUGCUGCAGCUUCGUUUCGUCUCGGGAGCGAUGUCCCGGGCUGCCAACAAGCAGUUCGCCUGCACGUUCUUUGGCAGCAGCCAUCAUGUCGCGACUGAACAAAGUAUCAGCACUCUGCUUGCAGUCAGUGCACACGGAGUCUUCGCCCCUUACAUGAAGACGAUAAUGAUCAGCCCUGCUCGCCAAAUCCUGGCAUACAACACUGUCGGCCAUCACGAUGAAGAUGCUAUCGUGGAGAACUCGUACGUUGAAUCUAGCAGAUUCAAUGCCUCGAUCACACGGGUCCUGGCCAACAUCAAGGAGAAGUCCGGCCGGGUUACACUCGCCAUCCACGAAGACCGUCGUCUCGAGAUGAUCCUACCGGAGCAACACUACAGAAGCUCGCACAAUCAGCAGUGUCACGGUGCUCGAGCCUUUGUCAGAGCCUCUCCCUGCGGCCUAGCGUACAGAACAGGCGAGACACUCGAGCUUGUCAUGGCAGCAGCUCGUCAGACUGGAAUCCACGUUCAAAGACUGCACAUCCAGUUGUCCAGAGACGCGUGGGAGCGUUUGAAGCACAACACACAACUUGCAAUUGAAAGACUAGACGUCGUUGGUGUUGGAGUCGCUUCCACCAAUGCACCAGACGGCACAUUGUCACGUCCUCAUUCGAUGGAGGAAGCAAGACGUGCUUUCUUUGACCUUGUCUAA